AUGGCGGACUUUGUAUGUCUAACUUACCGUUAUAGUGGAGAGCCAAUGGAACGUGAGGAGAUGCUCGAGCAUUUCCAGUCUUACGAGCCUCUAUUUUUCAUCUACACCAAAUCCAACAAAGAAAGUUAUCAUCCCGUCCGUGAGUUUGCAGUACAUAUACCUGAACACGACGAUGUCAUCAAAGCAGCUUCCGAGCUGAAUGAGAUGUCAUUUAAUGGUGUUAAGUUGCAAGCGCAAUAUUCGAAGAAGUACGUAACGACGGUAUAUAUUAAGAACAUUCCCGAAGAUAAAACAGUUGAAGAUGUCGAAGCGAUGGUAGCGAAGUAUCACCCAACAAAAGUCAUCUUACGUGUUCCUUCGUUCAACGAGAAUAUGGUCGACGUCAAAAUUGGAUUGAAGAACGAGGAAGACGCCGAGAAAUUCUUGAAAGAGUUUAACGGCCAGAAGUUAAAUGGGUGGUUUCUUAACAUCAAGAGAAAAGAAAAUUAUAAGCCGUUCAUCUGUUUUAAUUGUGGAGGAUAUGGACAUAAGUCUUCGGAGUGCGUGAACUUAAAAAAAGAUUUCGUUGAUACACUCAAAGGAAAAAGAAAUCGCACAAAACCACGAAACGUUAAAAAUAAAAAAAUUGUCGAAGAAGAUGAUGGAAUGAUCGAUGAUGAUAUCAAUAACGAAACGAACGGAGAUAAAAAACAAAAGAAAUCAAGUAAAGGUAAGAUUAGAAAUAUAAGAGAAGAUAUGAGUGAUGACGAAGAAGCUCAAAAUGACGAGUUCAAAAUGAAAAAAGGAAGAAAAAAACGAAAUUGGUCGGAAGAAGAGGAUUUAUGA